AUGCCGGAGACUCGAGCACCAUACAUGGUCUUGGAAAACAUGAUGAGGGUUGAUCCAAUUGGUGGUGGCCAGACUGACGGUAACGACAGCCAGUCAUCAGUUCAUGCCAGAGGCGUUUAUGUUAUAUCACUCGCUGGCAAGAAGAUGCUCCGUCUAGGACGGGGUCAUGAGAGUGAUGUUCGAAUUGCCGAUGUAUCGAUAUCCCGCUGGCAUGCUACUGUGUCGUUCACUGAGGACGGUCGGUUUGUAUUGGAAGAUCACAACUCCAAAUUCGGAACCCUCGUUGCUCUGCGAAGGCCGCGAGUUAUUGAAGCCGCACCACCACGUAGUGGGAAAUCUGUCGUUUUUGGUACUCAUCGUGUCAGCGGCUCGUAG